CUUGACAUAGAAGUGCGGGAAAACUGACAGAUUUUCCCGCUUACAAUUUAAGUAUUUACACUAUUUUGUGUAAUAAAUAUUAAUUUCAUGCAGUUUCAGAAUGAAUUUAGUGCAUUCUAUCGUAGAACGAGAAAAAGGAUCUGCAUCAAUACACGAUUAUGAUGUUGCUUUGUAUCGUUUGAAAUGUUAUAAAGAUGAUGUGUAUAAAGGUAUAACACCAAAUACAGAUGCACUGGAUUUUAAUCCAGAACCGCCAGUUUUUGCAUGCCGAUUUUGUACUACAAAAGGAUACGAACAAAUAAUUGCUUUAGCUAAUGAAGAUGGAAAAAUUGCAUUACAAGAUACAGAUAUCCAAAGUAUGUCAAAUCAACCAUUGGAAGGAACACAGGCACAUCGUAAUGCAAUAUUUGAUGUUGCUUGGAUGCCAGGAGAAUUAAAGCUAGUUACAGCAUCUGGAGAUCAUACUGCUAGACUUUGGGAUGUAUCUGGUUCUGAAAUAAGACAAAUUGAUUGUUUCCAUGCUCAUAUUAGAAGUGUUAAGACUGCAGUGUUUCGUUAUCAGGAUCAAGCUGUAUUUGCAACUGGAGCUAGAGAUGGCUCUAUCAUGGUAUGGGAUAUUAGAGCUAAUCAUUAUGAACGACCUAAACCAGAUAAUUGUAUUAUUAAUGCACAUAAUGUUGGAAAUAUAAGUAAUGUGCGACAGCGUAGGGUAAUCACCCAUUCAUCUAGAGCACAAAGUAUUACUGGAUUGGUAUUUCAGGAUGAUUUCACUUUAAUUUCAUGUUCUGCUGGAGAUGGUUUAAUAAAAGUCUGGGAUUUGCGUAAAAACUAUACUGUUCACAAAAAAGAUCCUUUAGCUAAACAUACAAUGAAUUAUACUGGACAUAGUACAAGGAAUGGAUUUUCAUCAUUGUUAAUAUGUCCUGCAACAAUUACACUAUAUGCAAGUUGUAUGGAUAAUAUUAUAUAUGCAUAUAAUAUAUCAUCUUACAAUCCUAAACCAAUUGCAGAAUUUUAUGGACAUCAAAAUCGUACUUAUUAUGUUAAAAGUUGUUUAAGUCCUGAUGGACGUUAUCUUGCUAGUGGUUCCAGUGAUGAACUUGCAUAUAUUUGGCACACAAACAAACCAGGAGCCCCAAUCGUACAACUUUUAGGACAUACAGAAGAAGUUACUUGCAUUGCUUGGUGUAGUGUUCGAGAGACAAAAAUAGUAACAUGUUCUGAUGAUUCGUGUCAUCGAAUUUGGAAAGUUGGCCAUGAACAUAAACUAGAUAAUGAAGAAAUAGAAAUACGUGGUCGUGCAGAAGCUAUCUUUAAUAAAAAUCCAUUGGAAAAUCUAAAACUUGAAACUACACCAACUAUUACGCGGCGUUGGGUUAUAUCUCAAGAACACACACCAGGAUCUGAUACCACACCUAAUGCUACACCUGGACCAAGUUCAUCAGAUACUUACAAUCAAGUAGAAGAUAGUCGAAAUCAGUGUAAUGUUACUACUUCAAUGAAAAGAAAUUAUUUUCAAAUGAUGAGUGGAUCUUGGUCUGAUGGAAAAUUUAAGUCAGUUUUAUCUCCUAUACAAGAAAACCUCACAUCUGCUCGCGUUGCAAAACGUAUUCAUUUAGAAAAUCGCGGUGCACGAAGAUUGUUUAGUCCAUGUAAUGAUAAUAGUUCGUUACUGAACAGAGGCUACGAAUCUGAUGAACCCAGUACAAGUUCAUCUAGUAGAGAAAACAGGAAUAAUGAAAUUCAUUUUUCACCUACGUCGAAUCUUCCAAAUUUUGUAAUUGAUGGCACAGCGCCGCAUUUACUUCAAUUAUCUCCAGAAAAGUACAAAGAAAAUGUCGAUUGGUUAACAAGAAUACGAAGAGAAAAAUAUGGAAAAGUCAGAAAAACAUUAUCAGAAAAGUCGGCUAGCCCUGUCUCUUGUACAGUGCUUACUAGGAGAAAUACUAGAUCACGAUCGACAGAACCACAAAAAGUAUCUAAAAUGCCGAGAAAUUCUCCUCUCUCUUUAUUAAAUUUCUUUAAAGUUACUGGAAAAGACUGUGAAACAAAUAUGUGUUGUGAUGAUAAUGUAAUACCUUCUGCGAAAUCUUAAAAACAGUCAUGAAUUUCUUUAAUUGUCAGAAAGAUUACAUUUUAUCUGUGUUAAAUUUCAUAUAAACUUUUUAUUAGAAAUAUUUUAUAACAAAAAAUUACAUUCAAGAUGUUAACCUAUGAAUGUGAUACAAACAUCAGCGCGCUUUUUGUUUACGAUGUAGUACCUUAUAAAAAAUUAAUAGGACUUGAAACAAUAAAUAUCAUACUGUAAGAUAAAUAUGACAUAACAUACAAGUGUUAUAAAAUAGGUAAAAAUAGAUUAUAUACUCACAAGUGUCAUGUUCGAGUGAUAACAGCAUACUUUUAUACGCAAUCAUAAAUUAUAUUUAUAAUAUAUUACAAUAAUAAAAAGUUUUGUUAAUUUUUUUACUAAUA